AGAAAGAGCAGUUCAGGCAUUGCUGUGAGUCAGCUGAUCCUGGCCCCCUUCUUUGGGACCUGAAUGCCCUGCGGGAUGAACUGGAGGUCAGGAGCAGAGAUGUCACUCAACCCUCCCGACAGAAAUCAGAGGUCCCUUGUGGAUGGUCUGUGUUCAAGCUCUCCCUCCUUCCCUGGUGCUGUGGGGGGUGUCAUCUCUCUCUCGAGAUAACCGGGCCACCUCAGUCCUCCUCCUGGGGCUAUUCUUGGCUGCUCUUUGAUCCUCCUCUCUCCCCCAACCCCUACUUCAGCCCUUCUGCAGGGCGUAGCUGAGUGGGGGAAGGCCAGCCCAGUUACGUAACCCUGUGGCUGGGACCCGGGAGGCCAGCCUGGGAGCAGGUGCUCAGCCCCUCCCUCAUCACCAGCAGUGAAAAUCUAGAGCUGGAGCUCAGCCUCUGGGAAGGCCCAGCAUGGAGGCAGCCACAGCUCCGGAGGUGGCCGCAGGAUCCAAGCUGAAGGUGAAAGAAGUCAGCCCAGCGGAUGCUGAACCACCCCAGGCUUCACCUGGACAGGGGGCUGGCAGCCCCACUCCCCAGCUCCUGCCCCCUAUAGAAGAGCACCCCAAGAUCUGGCUACCUCGGGCCCUGAGGCAGACCUACAUCCGGAAGGUUGGGGACACAGUGAACCUACUAAUCCCAUUCCAGGGCAAGCCCAAACCUCAAGCCAUCUGGACACAUGAUGGCUGUGCCUUGGACACCAGCCGUGUGAGUGUGCGGAAUGGGGAACGAGACUCUAUCCUCUUCAUCCGAGAAGCCCAACGUGCUGAUUCAGGUCGCUACCAACUCCGUGUGCAGCUGGGCGGGCUGGAGGCCACUGCCACCAUUGACAUCCUGGUGAUUGAGAGGCCAGGCCCUCCUCAGAGUAUUAAGCUGGUGGACGUUUGGGGCUUCAACGCUACCCUGGAAUGGACACCUCCUCAAGAUACGGGGAAUACAACACUCCUGGGAUACACGGUGCAGAAGGCUGACACAAAAUCCGGGCUGUGGUUCACGGUGCUGGAGCACUAUCACCGCACCAGCUGCAUCAUCUCCGACCUCAUCAUCGGCAACUCCUAUGCCUUCCGUGUCUUUGCUGAAAACCAAUGCGGACUCAGUGAAACAGCCCCCAUCACCACGGACCUCGCCCACAUCCAGAAAGCAGCUACUGUUUACAAGACCAAGGGGUUUGCCCAACGAGAUUUCUCUGAAGCCCCAAAAUUUACCCAGCCUCUGGCCGACUGCACUACAGUCACCGGCUAUAACACCCAGCUCUUCUGCUGUGUCCGUGCCUCUCCCCGGCCCAAGAUCAUCUGGCUGAAGAACAAGAUGGAUAUCCAAGGCAACCCUAAGUACAGAGCCCUGACUCACCUGGGAAUCUGCUCCCUAGAGAUCCGCAAGCCUGGUCCCUUUGAUGGAGGCAUCUAUACCUGCAAGGCGGUGAACCCCCUAGGGGAGGCAUCUGUAGACUGUCGGGUGGAUGUGAAAGUUCCUAAUUGAAGACACCUAAGAAGACGUGGUACUCUGACAAAGUGCCUGCAGGAAGCCCACCAGUGGUGAGACUGUGUCAAGGAGCUUCGGCACCAUGUCUGGUUUGGAUUCGUCUAAAUAAAUGUGUGGCUCCCCAGUG